AUGCCACGAAAACACCUGGGUCUACGUGGAGGCGCGCUUCACGCUGCCAUCUGGGCAGAGUCAUGUGUUCUUGUGGCUAUUUUUGGCUACAAUCAAGCAGGCGCUGGAAGUGUUCUGCCGACGAGAUCAUUCAAUGAGCAGUUCCCUCAGAUGGACGUCCUCAACACAACUGGUGCCCAGAAGUCGCACAAUUCCACUAUUCAAGGAACCGUUAUUGCCCUAUAUACCCUGUUCGGUGUCUUUGGGGCUCUCGCUUGCACUUUCUUCGGCGACACGGUUGGGCGACGAUGGACUUUGUGGAUAGCGUGCUUGUUCAACCUCAUCGGUGCUGUCAUCAUGUGUUCAGCAUUUUCUUUUGCACAGUUUAUCGUGUCCCGGAUUAUCCUGGGACUGGGCACCGGCGCCGUCAUUGCAACAACAUCAGUUUGGCAGUCGGAACUUUCAAAGGCGUCCUCUCGUGGCUCGCAUGUUUCGGCAUUCGGUAUUUUCUGCGGUAUCGGGUUGCUGUUGGCGCUGUGGAUCGCGUUCGGAACGUCUUAUGCGAUCAACUCAUUCGCAUGGAGAUUUCCCCUUGCCGUCCCGAUCGUUUUCUCGUUGAUAGCGAUGCCUACGAUAUUCCUCCUGCCGGAAUCACCACGAUGGCUGGUGAAGCAGGGACGUGACAGCGAAGCUCACGCAAUCAUGGAGCUGCUGCACGAGGAUCCAGAGGUUGUUGAGUCCGAAAUGACCGCUAUCCGCAUCAGCCUCUCAAUGUCUGGCGAAGCAAGUAGUAUCAGCUCUAUCUUCAGAAUGGGCGAGCAGAGGGUGUUUCAUCGAGCUGCUCUGGGAUGCCUCGCCCAAAUGAUGCUUCAGAUGACAGGUGUCAACAGUAUCACAUACUACGCAUCGAGUCUUUUCGAAGCCCAGCUGGGCUUUGAUGCAAAAACAGCUGAAGCACUCGCUGCAGGGUCUUACUUCGCUCUUCUUCUCGGUGGACUCAUCUGCUCCUUUACCGUCGAUCGAUUCGGACGCCGGCGGCUGAUGCUGUUCUCUGCCGCCUCCAUGUCCGUAUGCUUCGCAUUCGAGGCAGGUCUGGUCGCUCAUCCAGACAACAAGGCCGGCUUGAAGGUGGCCGUGUUCUUCAUCUACUUGUUCCAAGUCGUUUACACCGUGGGCUUUCUCGGACUGCCGUUCUUAUACGCCAGUGAGAUUGCGCCAGCAAAGGAGCGUGCUGCCAUAUGCGGGCUAUCAACCGCUACUUCAUGGCUGUUCAAUUUCCUGGUCGCCGAAAUCACACCAGUUGCAUUCACGAGUAUAGGAUGGCGAUACUUCAUCGUGUAUUGCGUUCUGAAUGCUAGCUGGAUUCCCAUCAUCUACUUCUUAUUCCCGGAAACACAAGGUCGCUCUCUCGAAGAGAUCGACGAAAUCUUCGUGCAAUCAAAGUCUAUUUUCGACACAGUUGCCGUCGCUCGCAGACUGCCGCACAAGCCUUUACCAGCGUUUGAGCCUGCGCUCGAGAAGCAGAUCCACGAAGGGGACGGCGAGUCUCCUCUCAAGAUUAGAGCCCUUCAUCUGGAGGAGGUGCCUCCACAAACGACUACUCUCAAAGAGUGGUAA